AUGGGAUCCAACGCUCAGCGCUCACAAGAGUGCGACAAUUCUUACACCACAAGUGUUAGAGUCGGGCAAUGCCUGCCAAACAGGCCUUCAGUCCCCCCAAUGACCGCCCCUUCAGUGCCCCUCCAAUGCCCUCACACUCGGCCUCCGUUUGUGUGCACACAGUCUGUCAGACUCUGCGCUCUCUUCACAAACACCUCUCAAAAGGGACUCAAAAGCCUUAUGAUUGUCAAAUGUGUUGAUUGUGCUGAAGAAGUGAAGUGUUGGACGAUGUGGUGGCCUAUAGUGUGGUCACUGUUGACUGCGGGAUGUGUUGCAGUGAUGGCGAGCGAAGAGGAGUUGUGUCCGAAACAGUGUUCGUGUUUGGGAUCACUUGUCGACUGCUCUAAGCGUCGUCUGACAGCAGUUCCGCAACCGAUCCCUAAAUGGUGUGAAUUAUUGGAGUUAUCCUACAAUACGCUCAACACUAUAGACAUGAAUGCCUUCAUUGGUCUCAAGAGUCUGUUUCGACUCGACUUAAGUCACACUCAGAUGAAGAAAUUGGACACCAAUUUGUUUAUCAACCGAAUGACCAACGAAUCAGAGAAUCCGAUCCAAGACUUGAAACUAAACAACAAUCUGUUGACACAAUUCCCGCAAUUGAAUGGUUUAAUACAUUUAAAACAAUUGGUUUUACACCACAAUAACAUCGACUCUUUGCUCAAUACAUCCACUGAUUUGUAUCCAGAGAUUGAAUCAAUUGAUUUGAGUAAUAAUCAGUUGACAACAAUUGUCUCCAACUUCUUCGCCAACCACUCAUCGCAUUUGAAUUCAAUUAAUUUAAGCAAUAAUCGCAUCACUAGUAUUGAGAAGAACUCAUUUGAUAAUCUGACUCAUCUGGAAGUGUUGCGACUGUCGAAGAACCGCAUCUCUUCCGUACCCAAAGAGUUGUUCCGAAAGCUGACGGCUCUUAAGGAACUGGAUUUGAGUAGAAAUCGAUUGGAAUCACUGGAAGGGCUGGUAUUCCAUGGCAUGGAAUCGUUGCAGACAUUGAAGCUGAGGAAGAAUCAGUUGACAAACCUAUUCGACGGCGCCUUUUGGGGACUCAAUAAAAUCCAAUUCUUAUACUUAGAUCACAAUAAUCUGAGUUCUAUACGCAAGGGUUGGUUAUACGGGUUGUCAUCUCUGAACCAAUUGAUUAUCAGUCACAACCAAAUCCAAGACAUUGAUGGCGAUGGCUGGGAGUUCACCAGUAAAUUAUCAGACUUGGAUUUAUCUAACAAUCGGAUCCAUUCUAUCACUAAAGACACGUUCAGUCGUUUGCAUUCAUUACAGUACUUGACACUCACUUACAACGAGAUUGCAUUCAUAGACGACUCGGCAUUUCGUUUAUUGUCUGCAUUAGAAGUAUUAGAACUGAAUCACAACCAGAUUUCGUGGACAAUAGAGGACUCGAGCGGUUCCUUUGAGGGCUUGAGUCGGCUGAAGACGUUGGGUCUGGCGUUCAAUUACAUCAAAUCGAUAUCGAAACGAGCCUUUACUGGUCUCACAAAUCUGGAAAUUCUUGAUUUGAAUGACAAUCCGAUCGCUUCCAUACAAGACCAGUCAUUCCAAUGGUUUAAUAAUUUACAAGAGCUUCGACUCAACACAACUGAUCUCCUUUGCGAUUGUACUUUAAAAUGGCUUCCGAUUUGGUUAAAGACUUGGAGUCGAAACCAUUUAACAACAAUCGACGCCAAGUGUAAGCAUCCGAAACGACUGCUCAAUCAAUCACUUCUUGUGGCGAAUGCCGAAGAAUUUAUUUGUCAGAAUUACCUCAAACCCUAUCUCAUCGAUGACUUCAAACAAAGUGCUGACAAACCGUUGACAGCACUUAAAGGUGAUAACAUGACCCUCUCGUGUAGGGCCGCGUCCAGUAGUCCAAUGCCUAUGCAAUUUCAAUGGCGUAAAGACAAUCAAAUUAUGAACACUUCUGUCGGCAAUUUGUUUUUGGAAACCACUGCUAGUGUUCGCAAUGGAAAUGUCACCGAAUAUACCGGAAAUCUAUUGUUAACUGAUAUACAGGACGAAGAUGAGGGCCGCUAUCAAUGUAUCGCUUCCAACAAUUUUGGCACUGUUUAUACCCAUAAGAUUCGUAUCAAUGUUCACGUAAUGCCCGCAUUCACUAAAACCCCUUCUAAUGUGACGGCCAAAGCGGGCAAUACAGCGCGUCUGGAGUGUGCGGCCAGAGGCCAACCUAUGCCCGAGAUUUCGUGGCAAAAGGACGGCGGAGACAACUUUCCCGCAGCGAUGGAGCGCAGAAUGCAUGUCAUGCCUUCAGACGAUGUCUUCUUCAUUGUGGAAGUGAAAGUGUCAGAUAUGGGUCACUACACCUGUACGGCCACUAACGACGCCGGCUCUCAAACUGCCAGCGCGUAUCUCAAUGUAUUAGAAGUGCCGACAUUUGUGCGACCAAUGAGUGAUAAGGAGGCCAUUGUUGGCGAGACAGCAGUCAUUGAGUGCAUGGCUUCCGGUAGUCCUAAACCGACACUCCAGUGGACAAAAGAUGGCGGACCUAUCAUUGCAACCGAACGCCACUUCUUCACAGCUGACAAUCAAUUGCUAAUUAUAGUGAAGACAAAGCCUUCAGACGAAGGCGAGUAUUCGUGCGAAAUGUCCAACAUUUUAGGCACCGCUAAAGAGUCCAUUUUCCUGGCCAUCACUCAAUUGAUCAGUUCUGGUGAUGACAUCAAACCAGAAGAGGGUUUUUCGCUUAAUUCUCUGUUUGGAGAAAAUGGCAAAACUAUAGGCAUUAUUGUGAUCGCAGUCUUCAUUUGUAUAGUUUUCACGUCAUUUAUUUGGGUUAUAAUCAUAUAUAACACGAGAAAACACAACGACAGCUACAGUCACGCCAAUACUGAUGACGAGUCAAAUAGUGGCGAAUUUGAUUCCAUCAGAAGCCUUACCUCAAGACAUCGACAUGUUAUCAAUAAAGACAUUACUAGUAAUGUAUUCCUUCAGAUCAAUACCGAUGAGACAAUGUCUGUCAAUUCGGGUUCCAGUGCUAAAGACAGCGGAACUGGCGAUAGUGCCAAACGCCAGAGUCACGAAGCGAUGGACGAUAACUAUGUUUACGAGGAUUACGAACACAACGCUGUUUUGUCGCCAUUAUAUUCGUCGGGCAAUUGCUGUCCGUCUGAUUCCAGAAGUGGUCUUCACAAAGGCCUAAGUAUGGAUCAAAUUAGUUCUAAACGUAAAGUUAGAAAACGUGAUUCCGAGGCCAACCAUACGGCCGACAAAUGGACAACAUUUUCGCCGAUUAAGUCCUAUUCGGUUAACGAUAUGUUAUCUGUUGUGACAGACGUUUGA